CUUGGUCGGGCCAGAGCGACAACGAAGCAGACCACGUAUACGCAAACCAUUGAUAUACUCGGAAGACAGCAUGCUCUCCAGGCUGACCACAGCACGAUACAGCUUGGUGUUGGUGUUCGUUUUGCCUUGCCCCGGCACAACGUAUCUCUUCACAACAAAUGAACAAAGCUUUCAAGGUGCUUUGCAACUAUCUCUCCGCUGCCUGCAUCGCAUGGAGGACGCGAUAGGCUGUUCAUGCGCGGGGCUACGUGCUUUCGAAGGUUGGUCGCUGCCCCUUUUGGCCGAACGUCUGAUCGCCUUCUUUUGCCUGCCGAACGAAUCUAAACCAUGCAUUAAUAUCAUUGAAUGAAUCCCAAGGAAGACAAUCACGGAUCA